AUGGCCUCGCUUGGUGAAGACUUACUCGGGGUCGUCAACAAGCUUCAGGACCUUGUCUUCAAUACUAUCGGAAAUGACUCGCUGGACUUGCCCCAGAUCGUUGUUGUAGGUUCACAAUCGUCAGGAAAGUCGUCGGUACUGGAGAACAUUGUCGGUCGCGACUUUCUCCCAAGAGGAAGCGGCAUCGUAACUCGUCGUCCUCUCAUUCUGCAACUCAUCAACGUCCCCAGCAAUGCCGACAGACCCGAGGGCGAUGAGAUCCACGUGCCACACACCCCGGCCUCUGUCGCUGGUCAGGACGAAUGGGGAGAGUUCAAUCACAUUCCCGGUCGUCGCUUCUACGACUUUGGUGAGGUCAAGAGGGAGAUUGAGAACGAGACGGCCAGAAUUGCUGGAAACAACAAGGGCAUCAACCGUCAACCCAUCAACCUCAAGAUCUACUCGCCUCAUGUUCUUAGUCUGACCUUGGUCGAUUUGCCUGGUCUCACAAAGGUCCCUAUUGGCGAUCAACCCGGCGAUAUUGAGAAGCAGACCCGCAACCUGAUCACAGAGUACAUUGCAAAGCCCAACAGCAUCAUUCUCGCCGUCUCUCCUGCAAACGUCGAUCUUGUCAACUCCGAGGCCCUCAAGCUGGCCCGCCAUGUCGAUCCUAUGGGAAGACGCACCAUUGGUGUCUUGACAAAGCUGGACUUGAUGGAUCACGGAACAAACGCCAUGGACAUUCUCUCUGGGCGCGUAUACCCCCUGAAGCUGGGCUUCAUCGGAGUCGUCAACCGUUCGCAGCAAGACAUUCAGGGCAACAAGUCGCUCUCCGAUGCCCUCUCUGCCGAGAGAGAUUUCUUCCGCACACACCCCGCCUACCGCAACAUGGCCACCCGCUGUGGUACCCAAUACCUCGCAAAGAGCUUGAACACCACCUUGAUGGGUCAUAUUCGUGAGCGCUUGCCCGAUAUCAAGGCUCGUCUGAACACUUUGAUGGGCCAGACUCAACAAGAGUUGGCCAGCUACGGAGAUGUCGCAUUCGCCGGCAAGGAACACCGCGGCUCGCUGGUCUUGCAGCUCAUGACUCGUUUUGCUACCUCUUUCACUUCGUCCAUCGACGGUACGUCUUCCGAGAUCUCAACCAAGGAGCUUUGCGGUGGUGCCAGGAUUUACUACAUCUUCAACUCUGUCUUCGGCAACUCUCUGGAAACCAUUGACCCAACGACCAAUCUUUCUGUUCUUGAUAUUCGCACUGCUAUCCGCAACUCCACCGGCCCCCGACCCAGUCUGUUCGUCCCUGAGCUCGCCUUUGAUCUCCUGGUAAAGCCUCAAAUCAAGCUGCUCGAGAUCCCCAGUCAGCGUUGUGUUGAGCUGGUUUACGAGGAGUUGAUCAAGAUCUGUCACAGCUGCGGUUCAUACGAGUUGUCGAGAUAUCCUCGCCUACAAGCGAAGCUGAUCGAAGUUGUCUCGGACUUGCUCAGAGAGAGACUGGGUCCUUGCUCGCACUACGUCGAGUCGCUGAUCUCCAUACAACGCGCAUACAUCAACACCAACCACCCCAACUUCCUAGGCGCAGCAGCUGCUAUGAACUCUGUCAUCAACGACAAGCAAGAGAAGGAGAAGGCGCUGGUAGCUGCAGAAGAGAAGAGAAAGAAGGAAGAGAAACGCCUGAAGGCUCUAAACGGUGCUAAUGGUGCUGGUGAGCCCGAAGACGAUCAUGAGAACGACGCUGCUGCUGGCGGCAAAGCAGCAACCCUUCCAAUCCGCAGCCAUCUGAGCAAGGCCAGCCGUAGCAUGUCACCUGCUGUUGGUCGCGCUGGUAUGGGUGGUGUGAACGGCGCAAGGGCAGGCUCACCACCCAGCUUCGCAGGAUCAGGAGGCACUGCUAAGGACAGUUUCCUCAACUACUUCUUCGGCAAGGAUGGUGGUCUACCACCGUCGAACGGUCUUCCUGGCAACUCCAUGGCUUCCUCGCACCUUCCCGCUGGUAGCAGACAUGUCAGUGCAAACAUCGAGCCCAGUUUCGCUGGCAGCAUUCGCAGAGGCGAUACCAAACUUCCCGAACGACCAAUGUCAUCCCACAUCUCCGUGCCUGGCGAGUACGACGCAGAGGAUGCCGACAAUGGCUACCCGCUAGCUGACGAAGGCCCUGCACUUACCGAGCGGGAAGCUCUGGAAACCGAGUUGAUUCGCCGUCUGAUAUCAUCAUAUUUCAACAUCGUACGAGAGACCAUUGCAGAUCAAGUUCCCAAAGCAGUCAUGCACCUGCUCGUCAACCACUCCAAGGAUGUUGUUCAGAACAGGCUGGUCAGCGAGCUGUAUAAGGAGGAUCUGUUUGGAGAGCUCUUGUACGAGGACGACGCCAUCAAGAACGAGCGCGAAAAGUGCGAGAAGUUGCUUUCUACCUACAAGGAGGCUGCCAAGAUUAUCGGAGAGGUUUUGUAA